UUUUUUUUUUUGGGGAAAAAAAAUUCAUAAAAUACGAAGCGGCGUAAUAUAUAAGCAAAUCGCACCGUUGAAUUUAUAAUUUAUUGUUACGGUGAUCAGUGAUGGACUCAUCGUUGAGGCGGGAGUGAAGAGUACCGUUGGUCCGUUUUCCUGACCUAAUUCAAGUAUCUCAGGUAUUUCACGAUUGGAGAUGUCCAAACCUGAAAAUGAAGGCCCUGCAAUUAGAGCUCUCGGUUCUCUCUUCAACCUCACCCAAGUCUUUCUCUGGGACGACGGGUCGUUUCAGGAACUGACUGCGAGUCUUGAUUUUAAAUCAGAAGACGAUGUUGAAGAUGAUGACGGGGCAAAGAGCAUUUCCACAGCUUCAGGUUGCGAUGUUUUAGCAGAGGAUUUGGAGCUCACUAGACAGAUGAAUGCGUUGGGGCUUCCUGUCAAAUUCCACACAAACAAGGAGAAGAGGAAUGGGAAGACUAAAACCAAAAGAAAGAGUAUAUGCCAGAAGCAUUCAGAGUCCUUGGGUGAAGCACUGGAAUCCUCCGAAGUGAGUGUGGAGGAAAUUGUAUCUCCUAGCAUAUUUACUGGUAGUACAAGCACUUCUUUAUGUUGUAUUUCAAUGGUGGGCCAAAGCGAAGCAUCUUACAAUGUUGCAGAGGAGGAUGCCAAUGAUUAUCAGUCUUCUUCCCAUAUGGGAAAUAGUUCAGCAAGUUUGACUGGUGAGGUUGCUUGCGAUGCUGUCAAGGAACAAAAUUUUUCGGGCAUCUUCUGUAAUGAUGGUGAGGAUUUCGACUCUGUGCUCAACGAUGUUGGGUUUUUUGAUGACAUGAGAACAGCAGCAAGUUCAACUAAUUUGGAUGUGGGACCUUCCUCAGGAAUUGAGCAGCCAUGUGCACCUGACAGUGGUGGAAUUAAUGACAUCAAACCCAAAAGUUCUUUGGGAGAUUGGAUAGUGUAUUGGGAUUCUUACUACUCAAGAAACUAUUUCUAUAAUGCCAAAACACAUACUUCAACGUGGUAUCCACCCCAGGGAAUGGAACAUCUAGCAAUCAGUGACAACACUUAUGAGUUGAAUGAAGAAAUUACUGAAUUAGCUGAGAUGGAUGUCAGCCCUGCUUUAAAUUCAACUGAUUUAUGUAGUUUGCAAAGUAAAGGUGGCUCACUUGAGGAAUCUAUAAAUAAUAAUUUAUCAGUUUGUAAACAGUAUGAUGAACUGCCAGAGGGGAGUGGAUUCACUGCUUGCAAUUCUAUGUCUGCUAUGGUUCCUCUGCCUAUUACGCAAAGCAUAAGUAUGGAGAAUUUGGAUGAACUUAAUGAGACCAACAAUUGUUGCGGAGAUGGAAGAAAUGAAUGCUUGUUAAUAAACAGUCCAAAGGAUAUUGCAAGGAAUGAAAUUAAUCAGUUGGUUCCUGAUGGGGUCUACCGAUGCGAUAUACAUCACAAAUAUGCAAAUACAUCUGAUGAACAAAAUGCCUGUGAUCAUGGCUGUGAACCGAAUAAGAGUAGCUCAUAUGAGGAAACAUAUGAAAAAUGUGGAGAUGACAAAGCAAUUCAAAUUUCAGAUUCAAGCAGGAUUGGAGGUCCUUCAACAAGUACGGUGCAUACGCAGCAUGAAGGUGUCACAACAAAACGAAAAAAGAAAGGAAGAAGAAUAAGAAUCCGAGAAAACUUGCCUAUUAAAAAUGAAGAGCUUAAAUUGCAAGAGGUGGUACAGUUUUCUGCUGAUAUUGGUAAAUACUGGUAUCAGAGGUACCUGUUGUUUUCCAGAUAUGAUAAUGGUAUAAAAAUGGAUGAGGAAGGAUGGUUUUCUGUGACUCCAGAGUCUAUUGCUAGGCAUCAUGCUGUCCGUUGUAGUGGUGGAUUGAUAGUUGAUUGCUUCACUGGUGUAGGUGGCAAUGCCAUCCAAUUUGCACAGAAGUCCAAACAUGUAAUUGCAAUAGACAUUGAUCCAAAGAAGAUUGAGUAUGCACAACAUAAUGCUGCCAUCUAUGGUGUAAAUGACCAAAUAGAUUUCAUUAAGGGGGACUUUUUCGUUUUGGCCCCAAAGUUGAAGGCAGACACUGUAUUCUUGUCACCCCCAUGGGGGGGACCUGAUUAUGCUAAAGUGGAGAAAUACGAUAUGAAAACAAUGCUUCAGCCACAUGAUGGAUAUCUUCUGUUUCACACUGCCAGAGAAAUUGCUUCCAGAAUUGUCAUGUUUCUCCCUAGAAACGUUGAUCUCAACCAAUUGGCAGAGUUGUCUCUAUCAGUUAGUCCCCCAUGGUCACUAGAGGUAGAGAAGAAUUUUUUAAAUGGCAAGUUAAAGGCCAUAACUGCUUACUUCGAUGACACCACCAUGAAAGGAUAAUAAGUCCACGUCAUUCAGCUGUUGCGAGUGCGUUGAUAUUUAGUUUGUACAAACUGUUCAUGUGACGGGGUAAAGUUCGAACGGUAAAGUAAUUUUGGAAAAUCAAAUUAAUUUACACCUUUUUUUUGGGAAAUCAAAGUGAUUUACACCUUAGUAAGCAAAUGUUAAACCUAUGUAUUAUUUGUUUUAAGUUAACCUGUAAAGAGGCCUAGUGUCCUGUAAGUAAAAGUAACAGACCUGAUCAAUUUACAUGUAUUUGCUCUACAGUCCUUAUUGCAGAAAGGAAGUCGAUGAAACAGCUGGCCCUAACUAUCCACAUAUUUUAGCGUUAUACUAGAGAACAUUAAAAUAGGAGAUGUGGUUGAAUUUAAGUUCUGGCAUACAACUACCUUGCUUUAAUUUCUACUUCUAUAUGACUCUUGCAUGCGUUUGGGUUUGAUGUUUGCUUGAUUUGGCCACGUAAAUAUAUAUUUAUUCUGUUCAUUUGUUCA